AUGAGGAGGAUCAGAACAAAGACCUGGCCCCUCGAGAAGGCCUCCAUCUGCGUCGUCGACAUGCUCGACACCGUUGCCGCCGACACUGCUGUGAAGAAAAGAUCAAGAUCCCCAGUCCCGACCCUUCCCGGCUUUGGGCCCAGCUUCAUCAGCAGCAAGAAGCCCACGAAAGAGUUGGCAACGAAGAACAUCAGGAGGAGCAAGAAUGGAUCGGCGGAGGCGGCUGCCCACUGGUAUCUGCGUACGACCGCCUUUAAGAAUGGCCUGGCCGUGCAAGACAACUGA